AUGACAGACCUGACAACAAUCCUGAUGAGCUUUCUGUUGAAACAUGAUCAUAGUAAACAACUCAUCUCUCUCUCGAAGCACAUCACAACCAUUGAAGCUCUCCUUCAAUUCCACGCCGUCACCGUCACCACCGGCAACUCCACCAACCUCUUCAUCUCCUCCAAGCUCAUCUCUCUCUAUGACUCUCUCAACCACCCCACUUCUUCAUCCACCCUCUUUCACUCCCUUCAUUUCAAAGACACCUUUCUCUGGAAUUCUAUUCUCAAAUCCCAUUUUUCGCGCUCCCAUUUCCCUAAAGUUCUCUCCUUUUACUCCCAAAUGCGUGCUUCUAACGUUUUGCCCAACCAUUUCACCCUCCCCAUGGUUGCUGCUGCAUGUGCCCACUUGAUGCUGCUCCAUCAUGGCGUGAACCUUCAUGGGUUGGCUUCCAAAAUUGGCCUCUUUCCUUGUAGUUCCGCUGUUGGGUCUUCUUUCGUGUCGUUGUAUUUCAGGUGUGGUCAAAUGAACAAUGCCGUUAACGUGUUUGAUGAUAUUCCUGUUAGAGAUGUGAUUGCUUGGACUGCCCUUGUCAUUGGGUACGUUCAAAAUGGGGAGAGUGAGAAGGGUUUGAUGUGUCUUCGUGAGAUGCAUGGGAUUGGGGAAGAUGCUCAGAAGCCCAACUCUAGAACAUUGGAGGGUGGGUUUCUUGCUUGUGGGAAUCUGGGUGCUCUAUCAGAAGGUAGGUGUUUACAUGGGGUGGUCAUUAAAAACGGGAUUGAAUGUUCAGAAGUUAUACAAUCUUCAAUUUUGUCUCUGUAUUGCAAAUGUGGGGUCCCCCAAGAGGCUUAUCGGUCCUUUUGUGAAUUGACCAACAAGGAUCUUCUGUCUUGGACAUCUAUCAUAGGUGUUUAUACAAGGUUUGGAAGGAUGACUGAAUGUGUGAGGUUUUUCUGGGAAAUGCUGGAAAACCAAAUAUACCCAGAUGGAAUUGUUAUUGGUUGCAUCCUUUCAGGUUUCGGUAAUUCCAUGAAUGUAUCUGAAGGGAAAGCAUUUCACGGAUUAAUCAUACGGAGACAUUACGUGGCUGAUGAGAUAGUGAAUAAUUCGUUGCUGUUUAUGUACUGCAAGUUUGGAAUGUUAAGUUUUGCGGAGAGACUUUUCCAGGGGUGUCAACAGGGCAUAGAGUGCUGGAACUUUAUGGUUUUUGGCUAUGGUAGAAUAGGCAAGAAUGUGAAGUGUAUUGAACUCUUCAGGGAGAUGCAGUAUUUAGGUAUUCAUUCUGAAUCAAUCAGCGUAGUUUCAGCAAUUGCUUCGUGUGCCGAGCUACAAGCAACCAAUUUGGGAAGGUCGAUUCACUGCAAUGUGAUAAAAGGUUUUAUGGAUGACAAUGUCUCAGUCGCCAACUCACUCAUAGAGAUGUAUGGAAGAUGUGGUAAGAUGAACUUUGCUUGGAGAAUAUUUAAUAUGUCGGAGAGGGAUGUUAUCUCAUGGAACACUCUGAUUUCAUCUCAUAUUCAUGUGGAGCAUUAUGAAGAGGCUAUAAAUUUAUUUGAUAAAAUGAUUAUGGAAGAUCAGAAGCCCAAUACAGCCACAUUUCUGAAAGUGCUUUCAGCUUGUUCUCACCUUGCAUCUCUAAAGAAAGGAGAAAGAGUUCACCACUACAUAAAUGAAAGAGGUUUUAAGCUCAAUUUACCUCUUGGCACAGCUUUAGUUGAUAUGUAUGCUAAGUGUGGGCAGCUAGAAAAAUCAAGAAAGAUAUUUGACUCAAUUAUGGAGAAGGAUGUAAUUUGCUGGAAUGCGAUGAUUUCAGGCUAUAGAACGAAUGGAUAUGCAGAAUCUGCUGUGGAGAUAUUCCAACACAUGGAGCAAACGAAUGUUAAGCCAAAUGGAAUUACCUUCCUUGCUCUUCUCUCAGCAUGCGCUCAUGCAGGGCUUGUUGAAGAAGGGAAAUGCUUGUUCUCUAAAAUGCAGAAUUUUUCUGUGAAACCCAAUCUAAAGCACUACACGUGUAUGGUAGAUCUUUUAGGAAGGUCAGGUAAUCUACAAGAAGCAGAAGCUCUGGUCCUAUCUAUGCCCGUUUCUCCCGAUGGUGGUGUGUGGGGAGCUUUGUUAAGUGCUUGUAAAACUUACAAUCAAGUUGAGAUGGGAAUAAGAAUUGCCAUGUAUGCUAUUGACUCUGAACCAGAAAAUGAUGGGUACUAUAUAAUGAUGGCCAAUAUGUAUAGCUCUAUUGGGAGGUGGGAAGAAGCAGAAAAUGUGAGAAGGACAAUGAAAGAGAGGUGUUCACUGGGAAAGAAAGCUGGUUGGAGUGUGCUCUGAGCUAAAACUUCCCUUCUGUCAAUCGGUUUAAUGUUUUCAAAUUCACUUCUUUCAUAAGCCAUUAAUGAGCUUGUUAUCGAGCAUUUGGGCUAAGGAAGCUGACAUGCUAUUAUCAUGAAAAACUGUUUAUCAUAGCUUCCAUGAGCAUUCAAUGCCAGUAUUUUUUAUGAUUAAGUGAAGCACAUAUAACUGAGUUAGCGAUCAGCUGGCUUUUUGAAUGUCACACAGGAGUUCGAACUUUGUAUAAAGCUUUUGGGAAGUUCAUAUUUUCUUAGUCAUGAUUCUUGCGGCUAGCUGGCAGCAGUUGAUUUGAGUUUAUGCAAGUUAUGGAAAUUUUGAGGGUUGAAACUGUAUAUGCUGGUUUUAUUGGGUUAGCUUCAUGAGCAAGUGCGGUGAUUUGUACAUAAUAUCUUAUUUUGGAUUAUCAUCUUUGGUCAUGGCUUGUUGAUGCGCCUAGGGGCUGAACUUCGUACAUUCUUAUAUUGCCUUAAAUAAGGAUUACAGGUUGCAGUGGAAAGGAAUGAUAAACGUCUAGAUAUUCUUGUAUGACACUGAGGGAAAAUAAUACUGAUAUCUGGUACUCUUGUACAUCAAAUACCAUUGUUACAUCUACAAUAUCAGACACUGAUUGAUACAUCACACAUCUGCUUGCGAACAUAUGAGCGAAACACACUGAUUAAAAUAAACUACACACUUUAUCUGAGGGGCAUCACUGCUAUCUUAGAAGCUUAUUUAGUGUUAACAAGCACAUGAAGGACUAAGAGGUGCUUGUAAUGGAAGUGGCCUUAUUAAUUGGUUCAAUUCACUGCAAAAACGAAGAUGAUUGAGUCAUGAAACAUUAUCUUCUCAAAUAUAA